AUGUCGAGAGAUCCAUAUCGGUCGUCUGCAGGAGACCUAGGUCUAGGUGCUCGCGGUGCAGAACGCUGGGAUGCGGAGAGAUUCAACCAAGAACGGGAUCGUGAACGUUUUGCCCGGGAAAGAGAGAGAGAGCGCUACGAAGAGCGGGAUACGAGAGUUUCGAUGACUCGAAACGACCAUGGAAGCAGUUUUGGUGGUCCUCGAGGACCGCGAGAUCGUUCUUUUGAUGAGGUGUAUGAGCGUGAGCGGAGAGGACCUCGCGGGUAUGAGGAUGAAUAUGAGAGACGACACUACCAUGAUGAGGAACCACGAUUUGAACGAGAGAGGCCGAUGGGCAGAAACCGAGGUCAGAGCAUUACGAUCGAAAAGGAACGGGAGGUAUAUGAACGUUCUCCACCAAGACGAGCAGGCAACAGACCAGCUUUUCUCCGACGACAGUCUAGUUUGGAUACCUUUGACCGAAAGCCUUUGAUCAGAUUCAACGAUCAUGAAGAAUACGGUCCUCCAGCAAGAAGACACAAAGAAUAUGAUCCACCAUCUCGAUGGGAACGGGAAGAGUUCAGAGAAGAAUAUGGUCCUCCAGCACGAUAUGAGAGAAGAGAGGAACUCAGACCACCUCCUUUGACCCCUAUUCCACUGCCGAAAACAAGGGCACUGCCACCACCAAGACGAUAUGAACGGGAGUACUACGAUGAAAUCAAAGUUGCUGAGCCGGAUUUCUAUGGCGAUGAUGAUUUCCGGGGUUACCCCGAGCGAGUGCGUGAGAGGGAAAUCAUCAGGCGAAGACGACGAAGGAGCAGAAGUAAGGAUAGUCGUUCUUCUAGAGGGGAAAGCCGAGUUAGUCACAGUCAUAGAGGGAGUGUACGAAGCAGCAGUCAGGGUUCUUCGAGCAGUGAUGAGAGCUUUGAAACUGUUCGGAGUGAGUUUCCGAAGAAGGGAAAGACCAGAAUGCCGGCCAGACUGGUUAACACGAAGGCCAUUAUUGAUCUCGGUUAUCCUUUCAUAGUAGAGGUUGGCUUUUUUAUCCUUUCUCCUGUUUGAUUUUGACUAAUACAUUUAGGGUGAUACUAUCAUCAUUCAGAAAGCUCUUGGACGAGAGAACAUUGACGAGGUCAUCAAGUUAAGCGAGGACUAUAACAAAGGUAAAUUAACUUUCACAAUUCUACCUCUCACAAAAUCUAACAAUCCAAAUAAGGUCCCGAAAUGUCCGGCGGUCGCUCAGAAGCUGGAACAGUAGUCGAAGAACACCGCACAGAAGUAAUCACCGUCCCCGCCGCCCCAGCACCUCCCCCACCUGCACCAGUAACCUGGGCGUCCCCUCCACCACCCGCAGGCUGGGUCCCACCCCCUGCCCCAUCCGUCCAUGGCACAGAAGUCGUCCAAGAAACGAAGAUUGUAGACAUCCACCGUGAACCCUCUCCAGCACCUACCCACAGCUCCUACAGCACCCACAGCACCCACCACACUCACCACACUCACCACCACGACCCCAUAAUCCUCACGGCGGAACCGCACCACGACAAGACUACAUACGUGAAAGAGGAGUAUAUCGAGCGCUCAGAUCCUAUCCCCAUCGGUCCCCUGGCUCUCGCUCUCCCCGCUGAGCGCCAUCGUGUUACCUCUGAGCGUGCGAUCAGGGCGGAGAUCAAGGCGCUAGAAGCUGAAAAAGAGGCCCUCAAAGCUCAACGAAGAGCCGAUCGAGAACUUCAGCGAGCACAGAGGUACCGCGGCGAACGAGUCUCCGAGACGGACCUUGUGGUCUACGAUCGAGACCGGUAUGAGGGUGAGGAGGUCACAACCCUUGUGAGAACCGAGAGGGUUGCUGAGCCCGAGGGCGGCGUGAGGAUUGUCAAGGAUAAAAAAGGUAGGAUGAGCAUUAGCGUGCCGAAAUAUGUCUAAUUCCCUUGAAUUGGGAAUGCGAUUGUUUCUGGUUACCUCCUUCUUUGGUGGGUUUUUUGUCCUCGUUGAGGAUUUUUUUGAAAGGGGACUUGUGGCUAAUUUUUCUUUUUUGGUAUAGGGCCACCGCCGAGGUUGGUUAGGGCUAUGCUUAAGACUCUUACUUAGAUCCUAAGUCCGCAGAGAGGAGAGGAGAGGAUACUGGAUUAUGAUGAUGGGGGUUUUUUUCCUUAUAUAUUAUUAUUUACCCUUUUUUUUGUGUAGGGGGGUUGAAGGGAGGAUGUGAAGGGAUUUGAAUGUUGAGAUUUUUUGAGUCUUUUUGUGGAUUCUUUUCAUAGAUUGCGAUGUUUAUGACGAGGGCAUUUGGGCGAUUAAGGCCGGUCCUUGGGAUCUAGGAACCUAACAUGAACCUGAACUUUUAAGGUACCUCCUUCCCUAUGAUAAGAUGUCGUGGGAGGGACGGUAUGUUAUUGAAUAACUGGGGGUAGCAUAGGAUGGACGGGGUGGGGCUUAUUACGAAAUUUUAUGAUUUUUUUGAUGA